GCCUGCCUGAGGACUUAUGUGUAUGUUUUGGAAUAGGGAUGUUCGCCUAUUGUAACAAGUAGACCCAUGAUACGGACUAAUAGAUGUUCAUACUCUUACCCGAAAGUCAGAUAUCUAUAUCAUAGUUGGCCAGUCCACCACGGCUUCUCGCUUUUCAUGAAUGUCUCUCCCCCUCUGCUUAUGUGAGUUUGACCCGCCUUUGACUCCGCUUGCUUCUGACUCCCUAUGAGCCGUUUGACGACCUGACUUUUUUGAAGGGUCGGCGAGACAUGGGAGCCUCAGCUCAUGCAUCGGUUUACCGAAAGAACCAAUGCUAUCCCACUUCCUUCUAUUCAAAAAGGCGAGCUGCCCUUACUUAAACAAAAAGGCCAAAUUCGGGGGCUCCUUCCCUAUUUCUCGGUCUCGCAGCUUCCUCCUCUUUAUAUAUUACUAAGCCCUCAAUCAAGUGGGUAACCCCGAAAGGCGAACUCAGCCACUUUUUAGGAGUUGGUUUUGGCUUGCCUCCUUCUAUUUGAUUAGUAAAGCGGUAACGAGCAAGAAAACAGAUGCGCUAACGCCUUGACUUGAGAUUUGGAAAUGCAAAUGAAAGAGGAAAUAGAAAAAGAAUCAGUCAAUUCCUUUCGAGUUUCGCCUUCACCCUUCCGUGCACCCGCCUUAGGCGAGAGGCCGAUCCCACGGCUAAGAUAGUCGCUCCAGAGGUCGCGCAGUUCCGGCUUCGCCCGCGAAUCCUGCCAGUUCCUGGGGCAACCCCUAUCAAAACCCCAAUCAACAACCGGGGGCGGCUCAAGAGGCGCUGCCAGAGGCGCCAGCACCGGCAGAAGUUCCGCACCGCGAUCCCCAUCCCCUGAGGCACUUCUCAGGGAAAUUCACACGUUAGUCACGCAGCAACUACGUUCAGAGUGUGAAAGAGGGCGAGUGCAGCCCUCACUUUCAAGAAAUGAGAAAUAUGUAUUCGGAAAUAGCCAAUAACAAACAUUCUUUCUCAGGAUCUGGAAAUAUCUGCGUAGAUGGAUGCCGAACCCCUCCACGAAUGGAUGGAGCAGAUUAGAGAUAACCCUACAAUCUGCUAAAAAGUCUUUUGGCAUAAUACCGCUAUGCUAUAAAAAAACAGAAAAGGUUUCCUCUCCCUCUCCCUAUCGGUCGAGCUACUUACUCCUUACUCCCUCUCCUCUUCGAGUCGAGCUCCUUACUCCCUCUCCCUAUCGGUCUCGCUCCUUCCUUACUCCUGACUCCCUCUCCUCUUCUCCUCGCCUUUUUUUCUUUCUUUUUUUUCGGUAUGCCGCUCCGCGAGAAAGAAAACCAAGUGGGCUGUGGUGAUGUAAGAAUUAGGUUUUUCUACUUUCACUUUGUUGUUGAGAAAAGAUAUCGGGGAGACCCUUGACCUGGGCGGGCUCCCGCGCCCUUCUUUGUUUAGUUUGUUUAUCUCGGUGGUUGCCCUCUCGAGUCAGGUUCGCAGUUUGCUGGGCGCUUUUCUUGCUUUUUAUGAAGUCGCCCUUUUUCUUUCUUUCUUUCGUUUGUGCAUCUUUCUUUCUCCCAUGCUUUCCGUUGGUCAACAACCAACCACAGCUCUCUAUAGUUCUUCACUACUCGUACAGGAAGGAGUCUCUUUCUGUCUGGAGGGAAUAAUCAAUCAUUUUUUCUCAAUCAAGAAUGCCUCAACUGGAUAAAUUGACUUAUUUCACACAAUUCUUCUGGUCAUGCCUUUUCUUCUUUACUUUCUAUAUUCCCAUAUGCAAUGAUGGAGAUGGAGUACUUGGGAUCAGUAGAAUUCUCAAACUACGGAACCAACUGGUUUCACACCGGGGGAACAAGAUACGGAGCAACGACCCCAACAGUUUGGAAGAUAUCUUGAGAAAAGGUUUUAGCACCGGUGUAUCCUAUAUGUACUCUAGUUUAUUCGAAGUAUCCCAAUGGUGUAACGCCGUCGACUUAUUGGGAAAAAGGAGUCAAAUCACUUUUCUCUCUUGUUUCGGAGAAAUAAGUGGCUCACGAGGUCUCGAAAGAAAUAUAUUCUAUUUGAUCUCGAAGUCCUCAUAUAGCACUUCUUCCAAUCCUGGAUGGGGGAUCGCUUGUAGGAAUGACAUAAUGCUAAUCCAUGUUCUACACGGCCAAGGAAGCAUUCCUCAACCAGAGAGAUCAACCUGCGCCUUUCAUUUUAGGCCGCCGGCGGCGCAGAACGCACUAAUCCGCGACCAACAAAGGCAUUCUUUUCAUUUGGUAGAUCCAAGUCCAUGGCCCAUUUCGGGUUCACUCGGAGCUUUGGCAACCACCGUAGGAGGUGUGAUGUACAUGCACUCAUUUCAAGGGGGUGCAACACUUCUCAGUUUGGGCCUCAUAUUUCUCCUAUAUACCAUGUUCGUAUGGUGGCGCGAUGUUCUACGUGAAUCCACGUUGGAAGGACAUCAUACCAAAGUAGUACAAUUAGGACUUCGAUAUGGUUUUAUUCUGUUUAUCGUAUCGGAGGUUAUGUUCCUUUUUGCUUUUUUUCGGGCUUCUUCUCAUUCUUCUUUGGCACCCACGGUAGAGAUCGGAGGUAUUUGGCCCCCAAAAGGGAUUGGGGUUUUAGAUCCUCGGGAAAUCCCUUUUCUUAAUACCCCUAUUCUCCUUUCAUCCGGAGCUGCCGUAACUUGGGCUCAUCAUGCUAUACUCGCGGGGAAGGAAAAACGAGCUGUUUACGCUUUAGUAGCUACCGUUUCACUGGCUCUAGUAUUCACAGGCUUUCAAGGAAUGGAAUAUUAUCAAGCACCCUUCACUAUUUCGGAUAGUAUUUAUGGUUCUACCUUUUUCUUAGCAACUGGCUUUCAUGGUUUUCAUGUGAUUAUAGGUACUCUUUUCUUGAUCAUAUGUGGUAUUCGCCAAUAUCUUGGUCAUCUGACUAAGGAGCAUCACGUUGGCUUUGAAGCAGCUGCAUGGUACUGGCAUUUUGUAGACGUGGUUCGGUUAUUCCUAUUUGUCUCUAUCUAUUGGUGGGGAGGUAUAUGAAAGAACAAAACAGUGCAUUGAGGAAUUCAAGCUCGAAGACAAAGAGAACCGGGCUUUUCCAAAGAAUUACAGCAGCUUUCCUUCUUCCUUUAAUUAUUAUAUACAAAAAAGUCUCUUCCACUUUCCUACCAAAUCUAUCUGUAGUCUGGCACAUAAAUUCAGGGAUCGAAGAGAUUAUGGCAGAUCAUGUUCACCAAGAAAUGACCCGAAAUUGGAUCUUAGUCUAUUUGAGAUUGUUCCUUUUAAUCGUAAUCAAAGAUGUUUUCUUCUCUCUCAUUUCUUUUCCGAAUAAAUCGAAGAACCUAAUGGAUCGAAC